CUCAAACGCACAUGUUGUUUUCCUCUUUUCAAGUGUGUUGAAACAAAAACUUAGAAAGAACAAUAUGGUUAAUAACUUAUUUGAAUAAACAAUUUUGAAUUUCUGCAAGGGCCUCUAAGCUCUAAUGUAGAUGUUUCUACAGUGAUAAAGAAAAGAGGUGGGUAUUGGUACUGGUAUUGGUAUAGAGAGGAAGGAAUAAAAUAUCAGUGUGAUUGAAGAAAGAGAGUGAGUGGGUAUAUGGAGUUGAGCAGGUAUCGAGGUUGAUGGAAAUCUCCAACCCUUGAUCUGCCUUGAUUAUAUGUUUGCCUUCGUUACAGUAGUUUCACUGUUUGAAAAGUAGUCUUUAUCCCUUCAAUAAUUUUAAUAGAUAGUCCCCACAUGUUAGAACUAAAGCUGGAAACUCGCGCACGUUAUGUGCAUUUUAUAGCAAACACCGCCUCACUUUCAAACUGUGGAGGGCAAAGAAGGAUGGAGAAAAGGGAAGAAGAAAGGAAGACUCAUGUUAAAAGAGGGUUGUGGAAACCUGAAGAAGACAUGAUACUUCGAAGCUAUAUCGACACUCAUGGAGAAGGAAACUGGGCAGACAUCUCUCGUAGAUCCGGAUUGAAGAGAGGAGGUAAAAGCUGUCGGUUGAGAUGGAAGAACUACCUAAGACCAAACAUCAAAAGAGGAGGCAUGACGCCUCAAGAACAAGACCUCAUCAUCCGCAUGCAUAAGCUUCUCGGCAACCGAUGGUCGUUGAUCGCAGGUCGCCUUCCGGGUAGGACUGACAACGAAGUCAAGAACUACUGGAAUACCCAUUUGAACAAGAAAUCCAGUUCCAGGAAACAAAAUGCAACUGAAUCAGUGGAAGCCUCUCCAUGGGUCGACAAGCCAGUUAUGUCUACAGAAGUGAGAGGAAGCCAUGGAGGAGGAGGAGGAGGAGGAGAGGGAGAAGAGGACACUACCACUACCUGGAUGGAGGAGACCAACUUCUUCGCCCGCAUAGAAUCUCCCCUGCCUCUCACUGCUCAUCAUAACCCAGACACUCUUUUGUUUGACCCAUCUUUUGCCUUCACCGAUUGCUUUCCUCUGCUUUAGCCUUUAGGACUUUCCUGAUUCUAUCUCUGAGCGAUAAAUUCUUGCAUAGACUUUGCGAAUCAUAUUAUACAAUUAGUCUAAGCAAGAAUUAAUCAUGAAUUGUAAUAAGCCCUGAUUCAUUGUGGAUCCUAUCCUUAUCUUAUCAAA